GUUUGUGUCAAAAGCAUCAUGUGCAUCCUAAUCAGAAUCGAAUUUUCGUCAUGAAUACCCCGUAUAACGAUGGAUACAAAACUAUUGUUGGCUUUAUUCUGGUUAUCAGCACUAGCGUGCGGCCGAAGAUUAAACGACGAGUACAAUAAACAAAACAGUACAAACAGGAAUUUGCAUACAAAAUCAAUUGACUCUCAAGAGGAUCCCAGCUCUCGAAGUUAUGGACUUCAAGGGCCAGAAAUAGAUUCUCCAGAUGAAUUUAUAUCUGAGGUACCUGACACAUGGAUGCCUACAGAUUCGUCAAAUCCAAUGGCUAAACAAAUUCAUGAUCCUGACAUUGUUGAUUACGGAGAACCAGAAAACCCAGAACAGCUAAAUGAACCGGAUGAAAUGGAUUCAUUGGAAAGACUUAAUGAACCCGAAAAAAAUAUUGAUUCUAAAGAUGAUACUAAAGAUUACGAGCAAGUAAAAAAAGUAAAAGAGGUGUCGUCAUUUAUCUCGUUGAAACCAAAAGAACGUAAUAAAUCACUAGAUCCAAUAAGUGAUCAACAAGGUCGUCCUCCUAUGAGAAUCAUACGACCCAUGAGAGAUUUAAGUAUAAUUGUCAGAAAUCGGCAUCAUCCUAUAUUAAUAGCCCGUCAAGUACCUGUCCAUUGGAUACCUCGCAACCAUCGCCACCCACAUAAACCACCAUAUCCACAUAAGCCACUGCUUCCACAUAAACCACCACAUCCACACAAGCCACCACAUCCACACAAGCCACUGUAUCCACAUAAACCUCACAAACCUUCGAUGCCAAAACACAAACCAUGUAAGCCAUGUGAUCCCAAAGUUCACAAAAAACACAAACCAAAAAAACCAAAAAAAAAACAUAAAAAAGAACACUGUCACCACCCCACUCCGAAGAAACCUCAUCAUAAACGAUUAUUAUAUUAUGCCCCUGUGCCUACCGCCAUGAACUAUUAUUACGGGCCACACAUUCCGGUUAAAUUGAUUAAACCAAAUAGUAAUUAUGCGGUGUCAGAAAGUGUAGAACAUGAAGAUGAAAUCGGAACCGAAAAACCGUUUCACCAAGAAGUUGAAGAAGAUGUAGAAGAGCAUAGAUUAGCAGAAAUGAGUGAACCUUUUGACGAAGAGGUCACCGAUGAAAGCAAAAUAAAAUCAUUUGAGAAACUUUAAAGAGUAAAAUGUUAUAACUUUUUAUAUACGAUAAAAAUUAAUCAAAUUUGCAAUCAAAGUUUAAACCAGAGUUAAUGAAGUACGUAUAUAAUAUAUAUAUAAUAUAUUAUCUAUGAUAUUUUGGUAGAAAAAAAUCUUAUUUAAUCAUCGGCAAUACUUGAGCUUUAAACAUACUUUAUAGAAUACAUAUUAUAGGCAGAAUAAUUAUAUUCAGUGUAAUUUCAUAAUGUAUCUUAAAAGGAUUUGAACAUUUUUCUAUUAUAGUUUGCAAAAUUAGAUUAAAUUAUUUUUUUUUAUGCAUCACAUCUGUGGUUUGUUCAGACUCAAAUACUUUUUAUCUCGUCAAAACGCGUACCCAAAAUAUAAAGCCCGUUUGUCGAUAACUCUAAACCUUAUAUUCAUCUAUUCGCCUAUAAUAAUAAUAGACUGCUACUACGCAAAAGCUUAUCACGUCGGCAUAACGAUUAGUAGUUAUACAAUUUAUUUUACGAGUCUAGUUAAAACUCGUAUUAUUGGGUUACGCAUUACUUAUUAUUCAAAGGUGCUGCAUCUUGAGGACAAUCGUCAUAACACUAUUGUAUAUUACUAUAAUGUUAAAAGGUUUUAUAUUUGUAAAAAAAAAAAAAAUAAUAAUUACAUGGAAUUUGAAACGAACAGCGACUGCAUUCGGUUUUGCUCCGUUAGUGAUGUAUUUAUUUUUUUCAAGUGCAUAAUAUUAAUAGUAACAAUAAUAUCAUCAUGGCAUGGUUUUACGUAAUAUAUAAUAAUAUGUAAUUGUGUA